CCUACUUCCUUUCUUUUUCUCACUAUAAAUAACCCCCACGAAUGCCCAUUUAAUUUGCGACUUUCUAGCUUUUAGCUCUCUCAAGCUUAUAAACUUUCUGCUGAGAAAAUGAAGCCUGUGUUCGUUCUAUUCCUUGUUCUUUCUCUUGUUCUCACUUCUUUCUUCGAGGUUUCCAUGGCGGGUUCAGCUUUCUGUGACUCAAAGUGCGCGGUGAGAUGCUCAAAAGCAGGAAGGAAGGAUAGAUGCUUGAAGUACUGUGGAAUAUGCUGUGAAAAAUGUAAGUGUGUUCCGUCGGGGACUUACGAUCACAAGGACGAAUGCCCAUGUUACAGAGACAUGAAGAACUCGAAGGGAAAACCAAAAUGCCCUUGACAGAGAUUAUGAUUAAUGCCACCUUAUGAUAUACGAAGAAUCCUAGUUGUAAUACAAACGAGAAUAAUUGCAGGUUAUGCGUUUAUUAUCGUACAUCCCAUCCCAUGUGUUAUGGUUCGGUUAAUUAUAUUAUCAUACAAUUUAAGCA